AUGAACUUAAAAACGUGGAAAGACAUCCCUCCGGUGCCAUCGAACGCCGAAUUCUUGGACAUUGUCCUCAGCCGGACUCAGCGUCGGCUGCCUACCCAGAUUCGAUCGGGGUUUAAAAUAAGUCGUAUCAGGAACUUCUACACCCGAAAAGUCAAGUUUACUCAAGAGACCUUCUGUGAGAAGCUCUCCUUGAUUCUUGAAGGAUUCCCUCGUCUUCAGGACAUUCAUCCUUUCCACAAGGAUCUCCUGAACACCCUUUAUGACGCCGACCACUUCCGCAUUGCUCUUGGGCAAUUAUCUACUGCAAAGCAUCUCAUUGAGACCAUCUCUAGAGAUUAUGUCCGCCUUAUCAAAUAUGCGCAGUCCCUUUUCCAGUGCAAACAGCUUAAGCGUGCCGCUCUGGGUCGUAUGGCAACGCUUUGCAAACGCUUGAAGGACCCUUUGCUCUAUCUCGAGCAAGUGCGACAACAUCUUGGCCGUCUUCCUGCUAUUGACCCCAACACGCGAACUCUGCUCAUUUGUGGAUACCCAAACGUGGGAAAGUCUAGUUUCUUGAAGAGUGUCACCAGAGCCGACGUCGACGUCCAGCCAUACGCUUUCACCACUAAGAGUCUUUUCGUCGGCCAUUUCGACUACAAAUACCUUCGCUUUCAAGCCAUUGAUACCCCCGGAAUCCUUGACCAUCCCCUUGAGGAGAUGAACACGAUCGAAAUGCAGUCGAUCACAGCCAUUGCGCAUCUGCGAUCCGCAAUUCUUUACUUCAUGGAUCUUUCUGAACAGUGUGGUUACUCUGUGUCUGCUCAGAUCCAACUUUUCAACAGCAUCAAGCCUCUGUUUGCUAACAAGCUCGUUUUUGUCGUUAUCAAUAAAAUUGAUGUCACUCGUCCAGAGGACCUCGAACCCGAGCUGCAGCAAGAACUCCAAGCACUGCUCAAGCCUGGGGAUGUCGAGCUCUUACAACUUUCUUGCACCACAGCUGAGGGAGUGAUGGAUGUCCGAAAUGCCGUCUGUGACCGCCUCAUUGCCGAUCGUGUGUCUCAGAAGCUGAAGUCAGGCGCCAACACUUCUGGUGCUAUCGGAGGAAGGCUCGGUGAUGUUUUGGCUCGUAUCCAUGUCGCACAGCCUCUGGGCGGAGUGCAGCGUGAGACUUUUGUUCCUGAUGCGAUCAAGGGCUUGACGAAGUACGACAAGAAUGAUCCCGACCGCCCCAGACUCGAGCGGGAUAUCGAGGAGGAGGAAGGUGGUGCUGGUGUCUACAACAUCGACCUCAAGAAGAAAUACAUGCUUGAGAACGAUGAGUGGAAGCACGAUACUGUCCCCGAGGUGUUCGAAGGCAAGAACGUCUAUGACUUUGUCGACCCCGAGAUUGAGGCCAGGCUUGCGGCGCUUGAGGAGGAGGAAGAGAAGCUUGAGGCGGAUGGCUUCUACAAUUCCGAGGAGGAAAUUGAGGACGUUGAGGAUGCUGAUAUCCGCACCAAGGCUGAGCUUAUUCGCGAAAAACGACAACUGAUUCGAAAUGAAGCCAAAAUGCGGAAAUCGCUCAAGAACCGGGCCGUCAUUCCCCGCAGCGCCAAGAGCAAAAAGCUGUCCGAAAUGGAGGACCACUUGGACUCUCUUGGAUUGGACACAUCUGGUCUGUCUGCUCGUGCACGAUCUCAGUCUCGCGGUCGUAGUGCAGUUCGCAGCUCAGGCGAUGGUGAUACGGACAUGAUGGAUAUGGACGCUCCCGCCAGCGGCCGCGAUGCAGCUCUCCUGCGUGCCAAGAGCCGAGCUCGUAGCCAGACGAACCGGAGAGAGGACGGUGUGACAGACGAGACGGCCCGUAGCAAGGCCGAAAGAUUGGCCAAACUCGGUCAAAAGAAGAUGAACCGUAUGGCUCGGGCUGGUGAGGCCGAUCGCCACCAGACUGUCUCUCUGCCCAAGCACUUGUUCGCUGGCAAGCGUGGUAUGGGCAAGACCCAGCGUCGUUAA